CGCGGCGUUGAUAGGCUGGUUUCUUGUUGAUGGUCUGUCACUCUCGGUCUCCAUCGGCUUCGCUAGCACAGCGAACGCGUCGCUGCAGAACCCGACCAGGAAGUCAACAAAAGUUGUAAUUCAAUAACAGCGUGACUUUGAUAUCCACCCCGUAGACGGUUGAAACAACGCGAUGAGUUCCGCGUCCCCUCCGACGAUCGGGGAGUUAUUCCUCAUCCUCGGUGAGAUGGGCUUCUCAGAGGAGCAGAUCCAGGCGGCCGUGCAGGCGGGGCAUUUUUCUGUGUCAGACGCAGCUGAUUGGCUCCUGCAGGGUCAAUAUCCACGGCACAAGUUGGUCAAGCGGACAUCGCAGCCGGCUGAGACGGCAAUUUCUGCUUUUAACCUCCCCAAGGAGGCGGCGAGCACUUCAGAGACGCAUACAUCUCCGUCUGACAGCAGAGCUUCCCCUUCGUUGUUGCUGAGACCAUCCCAGUCAGGGAACCUGUCCCCGGACCCACUGCCGGUCGAGUCCCGCAUCAAACCGGACAAGAGUGACUUCGAAGAGCAGCAGAGACACCGCGUUGCACAGGAGGCUCGAGCAGAGAGACGACAAAAGAAACAGGAGCGCGAGUCGGUGCUGAAGCGGAUCGCCGAGGAUCGCAGGAGUUUGCAGCAGAAAAAGCAGACCAGCGCUGCCGCAGAGACGUCUGCUCCCAGUGGGGAAGGGCAGAAGCUUGGAGGACAGACUCGGACUAAUGUGGACAACAACUGCGUCCUCAUGAUUCGGCUCCCGUCUGGCGAGUCCAUGCGCGAGCGCUUCCCGGCCGACGCCCCUCUGCGCAGCGUGGUGGAGCACAUCGCCGGGCGCCACCCGUCCCUGCCUUCCUUUUCUCUCCUCCAGGGUUUUCCGCGGAAACGCUUCGGGGAGGCGGAGCUGGCUUGUUCGCUGCACUCCCUCGGCCUCACUCCCAACGCUGCGCUGUGUAUUCAGACCACGCCUCCCGAGACGCCUCAGGACCCGGCGAUUCCCGCCGCUCCGCCGUCAGCGGAGCCCCCACCCUGUGAUGUGUCUCCUCAGCCACAUGUACCGGUCCUGGAGGGGACGGGAGGGGGGGAACUUGUUCUCCCUCCUCCGCUACCCAACCAGGUGUGGGAGGAGGCGGUGAAUUACGCCGGGAUUCCUGGAGUCGGCCCUUCUCUGACUGGCCCCUCUCACUUUUGGGGCCGCGGCAACCGGAUGGUUCCUGGCGAGGAAGCCGCGGGCAUAGAAGUGGACGAGGAGCAACGGGAAGAGGAAGAUCCACAAGAGGAAGAUCCACCCUACAUGCUUAACGGAAUGCCGCAGCUGCCCUUCUUACCGGACAACAGGAUUCGUGUAGAAUUUGAGGCCAGGCACCACUGGCCCGAGCAAGGCAACCGACUCAGGGAGGCGGCAGAGGAGCUCCCGGCAGAGCCCGAAGACGCGGGAGGUCGGGAGGCUCCUGGAGCUGCGGGUCUGGCUGCGGUGGAGCGUCUUCAAAGAGCUGCACAGCAAGAAGACGCCGGGGCCUCCCAGGGACAACCCUCACCCCCUAAAAAACCCUUCAGGGCCCCCUGCGUGCCGUCCCUAUGUGCCUUGGCGACCCGCGCGACUGUCCACCUCAUGACGGCUCCCAGCAUGCAGUACAGCAGCAGCCUGGCCUGCCUCACCCCGGAGCUGGCGGAGCUUCUGCUCAACCACAUGUCCCGCGAGAGGCUCCUGCGUCCACGCACCCUGGAGCUCUUCUUCGGCUGCCCUCUGCAGAAGUUUGUCCUCAACUGCUACCCUUACUCCACCAAUGAGCUCCUGCGGCAGCUGAGGGCCUUCACGGCCCUGAAGCACCUGAGCCUGGUCAACUCGCCUCUCAUCACUGACUCCGGGCUGUCGAUCGUCUCCAGCCUGGUCAAACUCCAGCACCUCAACCUGGCCUCCUGCAGCAAGCUGACCGACUCCUGUCUGCAGCACAUCACAGGUUUAAAGAGCCUGUGUUUCCUGUCCCUGGACCAGACCAAAGUGACCGAUGCUGGGAUGGUAUUAUAUCUCCAGUCUGCUCCGUCCUGUCUCUCUCAGCUCAGCCUGAACCAAACGGCCGUGACCGAAGCCACGCUGGUGGCGCUGCCCGCCUGUGUGCCGCAGCUGAGGCUCCUCAGCAUCAAGCAGACGAAGGUCAUCGACGUGACGGCGUUGGCAGAGCUGUCCUGCCUGCAGACCCUCAACCUGGACGGGACCGGCGUGACCGAAAGCUCGCUGGAGCACCUCGCCACCCACCCGGCCCUGUCGUCCCUCAGUGUGGCGGGAAUCCCCGUAGCGGACGGUGAUCACGCCCUGCAGAUCGUCUCGGGCCUAAAGUUGACUCAGCUGACCCUCCCGGGACGUCACUUGGUGACAGACGGCGGCUUGCUGUUCCUCUCCAGGCUGUCUGUGCUCCUGGAGCUGGACCUGACUGACUACACGCUGGUCACGGACCAGGGAGUCCGCCAGCUCUCCGCCAUGAGCAGGCUGAAGAAGCUGUCGCUCAGCAACACGCAGGUGACGGACGCGGGUCUCCCCUCGCUGCGCGGCCUGCAGGAGCUGCAGGAGCUCUGCCUGGACCGGACGGCGGUGACCAGCCGAGGAGUAGCCGAGCUCGUGACCUGUCUGCCGCACCUCCAGGUAUUGGGGUUAGCGAGCACUCGGGUGGGAGACACCGUGGUGAGGAGAGCUCUGAUCCGCUGCAAUCAACUGGUGAAGCUUAAUCUCAGCCGCACGCGGAUCACCGACCACGGUCUAAAGUUCUUAAAAAACAUCAAUCUGGCUCAGGUGAACCUGGACGGCACCGGCGUGAGUCUGAUGGGCAUCGCGAGCCUCCUCUCCUUCACAAACAUCAGCAGCAUCCGGGCCAGCAACACUCGCAGUAUUCCCCCGGACGAGGUCUCCGACGAGGAGUGGGAAGCCCAGUGAGCAUCGGCACCCUCCCCCCCCCCUCUCCCUCCCUCCCAAAGCAGCAUAACUGAAACACUCAUAUUUCCACUGUGUAUACAGCAUUCAGCCGCUCAUCUGUCACUCUCACAGCGCCACCAAGCCGGAGUCUGGUGUUUUAAAAACUAGUCCAUUAAUAACGUUGACUAAAGAAAACGGUCGUUUUGCCUCUUUGGAGCUUUUUCAGCAGAUAUUAAAUGUUGGAAAUGUAACACAGCGCAGCAUGUAAGACUACCAGCCUGGUGUUUAAAUUAAAACCUCAAUAACAAAUUGUCAAUUCAACUAAAAUCUUUUUUUGGAGAGUGUAAGGGAAGGUGACAUCUGUGUUAACUUGGGAAAAAUGGGAUGUUUAAUAGAAUUAGGUCUAUUUAUUGUUGUAAAUAAUUGUACAAUAUGUCCAGUAAAUAGUAAACAGACUUCAAAGAUGAUCAAAUAGUGUUUCAGAUAGUUGUUGCCACCGUGACUAUUUGCUCAGUUUCUUUUUAUUUCAUAAAUACAUUUCAUUAACUAACCUACUCUAUUUUUUUUUCCUGGUUAAAGCGAGAAAUGUUUUGUGAAAUGUUUCCAGUUACAAGAAAAGUUGAUCUGAUAGUGUUGCGUUUGGUUAGUUUGUUGGACCUGCAGUACUUGGUCUGUGGCAACAUGACAAUGAGAAGAAAAGGGUUUCGGUAAACUGAACAUAUGCAUUCUGUUAGCAGUUCAAGCACUUACUACUAUUCCUGUCUGAAAUAACUGCUUUACUGUAUCAGCUCAUAAUGAAGAGUUCAGAACUUGUGAUGUCACAUGUGUUAAGUGCAAACGGCAAGUAAGCUAAACACUUAAGUGCAUUGGGUUCAGUUGAUAUGUUGUAGUUAUGCCAAGAAAUGCCACUUUGAGCAGCUGAUCCAUUCCGAUGUUCCUUGAGCGUGAGCAGCAGCGGCGUACUCGGGUGGAGGUGACGGAGGAUCUAUGCAGCCUCGGGUCUCACAAGCCAGAAUCCAAAGCAACUUUUACGCACAUCAAGUUUGGUCCUCUUGUUUACAGAGAUGUAAAAUAGUUUAUUUUCCCUAAAGGCUUUUGAUUUUUGGAUACAAGCAAUGUAUUCGUCAAGUGUAAAAAUUGAAUAAUAAAUUCUUCAGAAACUCAA